AUGAACUUUCUCGCUGCAGUGCUGCUGCAGAACAUGGGAGAAGAGGAGGCUUUCUGGGUGCUGGCAGCGAUCGUGGAGGAGCUGACGCCGCAGUAUCAUACGCGUACGAUGACUGGCAGUCGCGCAGACCAGCGCGUGUUCUCGGAUCUUGUGACGCAAAAGCUGCCAGUACUGGCGAAUCACUUGCAAACGCUGGGCGUGGACUUUGAGCCAUUCACACUGAAAUGGUUCCUCUGCCUGUUCCUAAACACACUCCCAUUUGAGCCUGUCAUGCGGAUAUGGGACGUGUUCUUCUGUGAAGGUAGCCAUGUAUUACUACGAGUGGGGCUUGUGCUACUUAAGCUCAACCAACCUCGCAUCAUGGCGUGUGACGACGCACUGGACGUACUCUACAAGAGCUGA